ACAUUUUAGGCUUUUAUGGUAAGAAAUCCGAGACGUAGAAAUUAAAUAGGCGAUAAGGUUAAGACUCCUGAUAUUUCACAGCCAGAACAGGAAAGAAACAUAUUCCCUUUUAUUUUCACGGUCCUCGUAAAUCCCAAAUCUCAAAUCGGACCCCAAAAUUUGAUUGGCGACAAAUUUCUCCCGCCAAGUGUCGAAGGCGGAUGAAGAUUUCGACACUAUAAAUAGCGAUCCUGCUCUCCGGUAUGCUGCAUAAGCGGCAGAGCUGAAAUCUUCCGGUGUCUGAGUUUGAGGAUAGAUUUGAGGCUUCGAGCGAGUGAUUGCUUACUUUUGAAUCCAUUUUUUGGGAGAGAAAUGGCAAUAGAUUCGAGCUCUGCUGUUGAGAGGAUGGAAGUGGAGGUCAACUAUCUUGCGGAGAGCAACGUGUUUGUGCAGGACCAUGACGGUCCGGCCGUCGGAGGCCAGAUCGCCGGUUCUAAGAACGGAACCUGUCACCAGUGCCGUCAGAGGAAGACGGAAUUCGCGGCGUCGUGUACAAACGUCAAAGCGAAAGGCCCUUGCACGGUGAAGCUAUGCCAUAGUUGUCUGAAGAACAGGUAUACAUUGACGGCUGAGCAAGUGGCAGAGAAAUGUCCGAAAUGUCGAGGCGAAUGUAAUUGUAGUAUAUGCCAUAAGAAAGCCGGUUUAAUGCCCACUGGUAUUCGCACACACGAAGCCAAGAGGAAAGGGUAUCAAUCUGUUGCUGAUAUGUUGAUUGUGGAGAAGCCGCAAAAGAAGGAGAAUGGCUACAGCAAGGGUGGUAACGGGCAGGAGUGUAUGGCUCCAGACAAGGCAACGGGUGUUGAUUCACCUAGCAAACGAGGGAAGGAGGACGCCCUUGAUCAGAGCGAAGAUGUGAACUCGGAUGCAGCAAAAGAGGACGAGUUUAUAGAAACUUGUGAUGACAGCAGAGAUGGUGGUGCUGCUGUGAAUGACAAUGAUGCGAAGGCCAAGGGCAAGGCUGCAAGAGGGCAUCACAGGGUCAAGGAACGUUGCAUGGAGAGCAGAGUGGUUGUUCCCGAGGUUCCCCUACCUCAGGGCACCCCAUUGACAACUGUAGCAGGUGUCGACUUAGCUGCAGAGGAUGUGGGAAAUGCUCUCCAAUUCUUGAAAUUUUGUGAAACUUUUAGAGAGUUUUUUAAGAUUCAAAAGUCCCAAGCUGAGUCUGUUCUUCGGGAACUAUCGCGUGGAGGAAGUGGGCGAAGUGGACGGCCUGGACAGUACUCCUCCAUAGUUCGAUUUCAUAGCUAUAUGCUCUUCUUCAUACAGAAGGGUUUAUUACAGGAGUCUCUUGAGCAAGCAAGCAACAGCUCCUCAUGGUUCCAAGAUUUGGCGAACCUGGUGUCUGCAUCCGGGGUCUCUAAGGUUGACCCUGUGAUGAAGGAGCUGCCGACAGAGUGUUUUAUUGAAGGCGGUGAGGGAUACGAUGCCUUAAACUUCUCCCAAAAGCUUAGGCUUCUGAUUUUCCUUUGUGAUGAGGCUCUUAACACAAAGACGCUGAGGGGAUGGAUUGAGGAGCAAAAUGAAAGAUCUGUCCAACAUAAAAGGGACACGAAAGCAAAAGUUGGUCUAGCAAAGGAUAAGGAGAGAGAUCUCCAAGCAAAGUUGCAAGAGCAGAUGGCUAAGAGGACCACUGCAGAGAAUAGCGAUGCUGUCCCGAUUUCAGAGUCGAGCAUCCUGAUUUCAGAGUCGGACUCCAUUGCUUCAGUACUCAGAAGUGAGUUAGCUCAAGCUCACAUGGAGGUGGUCGAAGCAAUGGCCAUGGUACCCGAAAGCAUUGAAAUAUGUGAGGCUGUUAGAAUAGAGCCCUACAUUGUGGAUGCUGAUGGCCAUGCCUUCUGGAAACUGAGAGGCCAUUUAGAUGAAGAUAUAUUGCUUCAAGAUCUGGGAUCCUGGGAUGGAACUCCAUCUGGUGAACAAUGGUUCGUCUGCGGUGCUGAAAUGAAAGAGCCAAUUGACAAAUACCGCUCUUCUCUGGCUCUAAAGGAAAAACAGGCCAAGAGGGAGCAGAGGCGUUACAGAAUUUCUUCAAGCAAUGAUGAAAAAUUGCAGCUUUCCCAAACUUCUUCGGAAAGCAAUGAAGAAAACGCGCAGGGUUCCCAGACUCCUGAUAGCAAUGGCGAAAGCGUGCAGGCAUCCCGAGCUUCAGAAUGCAAUGAAGAGAACAUGGAGCUCGGUCCUCCGGCGAAUUAAAUUUUUUAGCCUAGAAGACAUGAAAGCCAUUUUUCUCGUAAUACAUAGGAGGGGGUAUACAUGCACAAGAAAAUAUGGAUACAUACAACUACACAAGUUACAUGUGUCCGGCUGCCAUAUUUCUGUAUUAACUCCUACAUAGGAAAGUCGAUCAUAAUUAUUGAAUGAGGAUCCUCUCCGGAUCUUUUUUGUGAGAAUUUUGGAAAUUCUCAAAUCGUAUCUGUUCAUCGUACAUCGUGUGGUCAUAAAUAAUUUUAAAAACUUUUAUUUAAAAUUAAAUAUAAAUAGUAUCUGACGAAAACUGACCGUACGAUGUACAAUGAACGGACACAAUUUAAGGAUCUCCAGAUCUUAUAAAGAAAAUCCGAAGAGGAUCCUCCUGAAUAAUUAUGUUGGAACGGGGAAUGUAAAUUUUAAGAUGAGUUAUGUCAUAGUUAUUUCUUAACAUCUUUUGGAA